GUGUUGCAGCUACCUAAUCAGUGAUACAGCGUUGGUAAAGAAAUGUAGAUGGUGAACAGGAACUGUAAUAUAUAUAUAUAUAUACAUAGACAUCAACAGCCACCACACCUAGCAACACGGUUGUCAGGACGCAGGAAGUAACUUGCUAGCUCGCUAAUUUAGCCACUUCUGCUAGCUGCAAACCUCGGUCGUUGCUCGCUCACUACUUCUCGGCUCUUACCGAUGUGGUUAUCCUCGAUGUGCACGAUUAGCUCGGCCAGAGAGUCGAAGUGAAGUCCGCAGCCCCCGAACCUGCAAGCGUUGGAAAAGAAAGAAGCAGCGGCGAUGCCUGUCAUGGUCGCUGCUGCAUUGGAAAUGAGGGCAGGCAGCAGCAGCGAGCAGCGGGGAGACAGCAGGCGGACAGCGGUCGGAACAGCUGGAGCGCCAGGGGCGGUGCGGUGCGGUGCGUCAAACCAGCUGGAGAGAGACAACCAGACCGGAAUUUUAUGAGAAGGUGGCCAGAGUGAUGAACUCGGACCAGGAAAGGCCGUACGUGUGCAACGCUCCUGGCUGUUCUCAGCGAUUCCCCACGGAGGACCAUCUGAUGAUACAUAGACACAAACAUGAGAUGACCCUUAAGUUCCCCUCCAUAAAGAACGACAACAUGUUAUCAGACCAGACACCCACACCAACACGCUUCUUGAAGAACUGUGAGGAGGUGGGAUUGUUCAGUGAACUGGACUGCUCCAUUGAGCAGGAGUUUUGCAAGGCCCAGGAAGAAGAGGACAGUAAACAGAGCAUCUCAUUGCAUGGCCAGACAGGCCAAGGCCAGCACCAGCAGUCCCACUCACGGAUGGGCAACCAUGAUACCAGCAUAGUGAUCCAGCAGGCCCUGCCAUCUCCUCAGUCCAGCUCCGUCAUCACUCAGGCUCCAUCGACCAACAGACAGAUAGGGCCUGUCCCUGGCUCUCUGUCCUCAUUGCUGCACCUACGAAACAGACAGAGACAGCCUCUGCCAGCCUCCAUGCCUGGAACUCUGCCAGACCCGACCAUGCCUGGCUCCUCUGCUGUGCUGAUGCCUAUGGAGAGACAAAUGUCCAUGGGCUCCAAUAUGAUGGGUAUGCAAGGACCCGCCCACAGCAGCUCUUGCUCUUCCACUCACAUUCCCUCCAUGCACUCAGAAGCCAAACUGAGGCUGAAGGCUGCACUUUCACACCACCCGGGUACCAUUGCCAACGGCAACAUGAACUCCAUGGGCCACAUGAUGGAGAUGAUGUCAUCGCGGCAGGAGCAAGGCGCCCACCAUCACAUGCACUCGCACCCGCACCAGCACCUGCAAGCCCCUCCUCACGCGUACCAGCACCACGGCCACCACCACCACAGCCAGGGCCAUGGCCAGGGUGGACACCACCACCCACAGGGACACAACCCCCAUCAAAACUCCCACAAUCCCCACCUACAUCCUGGGCACCCACACCAGACCUCACCGCACCCUCCAAUGCACUCUGCUUCUCAUAUGUCACCUGCAACCCAGCAGAUGCAUCCCACGCAGACACUGCAGUCUCCGCCACCCAGCGGCGGGCGGCGCAGGCGAGUAGUGGAUGAGGAUCCGGACGAACGUCGGCGGAAGUUUCUGGAGAGGAACAGAGCGGCGGCAACCAGAUGCAGACAGAAGAGAAAAGUGUGGGUGAUGUCAUUAGAGAAGAAAGCGGAAGAGCUCACUCAGACCAACAUGCAGCUUCAGAAUGAAGUGACCAUGCUAAAGAACGAGGUGACCCAACUCAAGCAGCUUCUCCUCACACACAAGGACUGUCCCAUCACCACUAUGCAGAAAGAGUCCCAAGGUUACCUCAGUCCAGACAGCAGUCCGGCGGGCAGUCCAGCUCCAGCGUGCUCCCAGCAGCAGGUCAUUCAGCACAACACCAUCACCACCUCCACCACAACCAUAGGGGGCAGCAGUGUGCACGGACAAACCAAUCACCGCACAGACAUUAACCCCAUCCACUAGGUUCAAGAGAGACUAUAACCCCUGCCCAAACUCCCCCUGCUACCCUGCUUUCUGAGGGUUGCCAACUGCACAUGCUGGCCCCCCCUCUCCCUCCAUCAAGAGAAACCUCAAAGGCCUGUGAGGCUGUUCUUUAUACAGUAGCUACAGUAUGUAUUUUUAUAGACCAAUCCUAUUAACUCAUAAAUGUUCUAUGGUUUGUUGCCUCUUUCUUAUCUGUUUUUCAUGCUUUUAGCAAAAAGGGAGUUUUUGCUAAUCUCAUGCAGCAUUUAAGUGAAUUUUUCUGUUGUGUAAUGGUACAAAAUGGACCACAGCGGUCAUGGACCCUGAGGACAGAAACAUAAGCCUCAGGCUGCCAUCUCUAUUAGCAGACCUUACAUCUCUGUAUGCCCGAUGGACUGAAAAAUAAGUCAAAUCUUUCUCUGAAUAUUACACGUGGACAGUGUGUUGAGUGUAUGCAACAGACACUAUGAGUGGGAUGUUGCUGCCUUUAAGUUGUCUUUUGAAACCAAGUCAAACUGUCACCGUGAUGUCUUGAAGACAGGAAUAUGCAAGCAGGUGUAAUGAUUCUUUUCUUUUCUUGAAGCGUAUAUGACUGUUAACCAUUUCCCUGUCAGCGGUAUUCUUAAAGAGUGUCAUAAAAUACAGCACGACAGUGAAAACAUGAUCAGAGCAAUACAUCACAGUAAUGAUCAUCUUCUCUACUGUGUGUCCACUUGAUCAGCAUGGCCAAGCCACUCUGGUCCCGAGGACGAUGCUGUUACAGCUACAGAACUGUACACUGUGAUACCAGUGAGGCAGCUCAGGAGUUGUCAAAAACUCCUCCGCUCUCCAGGACCAACUGAAGCUUUAAUUAUUGAGGCCUCUUUUUGUGUGUUUGUGCAUCUGGAUUUUAGGAUCCAUAGUUUUGAGUAUGCAUGUGAAUGAUGUAUAUUAUGUUUUGCCUUCUUUCCUCUGCAGAACAAAGUUCAGUGGGUGUGUAAAGAAAGAAAAACAAAAAAAGUGUGUGAGAAAGUGAC